UGGGAAGCGGUGUUCAUGGCAACCAACGUAAACACCAGCCGCCUUCCUCCUCCUCCCCUCGGCGCCGCUGCUGCAGCGCCAAAGCGAGCGAAAAUGGCCAGCGCGGCUCGCAGCGAGGAGGACCGCUACUAUGGAAAGAUAGCGUCGAUUCAGCAAAGCAUGCGUCAACGGGAGAAACGGAGGCUGGAGCUAGAGAGGGAACUGUUCACUUACUCCAGAUCUGAUACAAGAAUCUUACAGAUAAAGUGUUCCAAACUGCGUAGUUAUCUCAAGGAAAUCUCAAACAGGGAAGCACGAGCGAAAAUGAGAAACCUUGAGCUUCAGAGAGACGUGGAGUGCAUAGAAAUUAGCAUGAAGGAAUAUGGACCUGACCAUGGCCUCCUGCGACAACAAAAGGAUGAAUUUUUCAAAAAGAUUUCCAAAUUUAUGGAAGAACGAAAGAAAAUGGAGCUUGAAGCACCAAAGAUCAAAGCGGUGCAAAUUAAGCACCGGGAUAGCUCCCUCUUUCAACCGGCAAAGACAUUUACACAGUCACCAACAGUGAUUUUUAUGGAUCACCAGACCUCCAGAACAUCUGACGCUGAAGCUGGCACCACAAGUGUACUCUCACACCAAGCAUUGCAUCGUUCACCCAAUCACGGCGUGCACUCCCUCGAACAUCUACCAAGUGGCCGUUUGAAGGAGUUCCGAGUUGGCAGAGAGGAUGCCACCCGCAACCGAGCAAAUCUAUCAGAUGACAUUUCGGGCUCAAACGAUUCCCCUGACGCCUGUAAUUUCACUGACAAACAUGAAAGAAUGAUGGCGGUGCUCCCAUCUGUUUGCGCCUUCACAGGCGCAUCUGGCAGUGUGCCUUUCAGAAGUGAUGAUGAACAGGAACUGUCACCUCUGGUGACCUCGACAGGGCCGGAAGAGAACCCGCCUCCGAGCGGCAGAGGACCCACGAGGGCGAAGGAUUCCCCCGCAGAACGCACGGACUCCCAAGAGAUGGCUCAUCAGCCACCCAUAAUGGAGGCUGGGGAGAGAGGUCACAGCCAUUUGGUGCCUGAAACUACUUUUGGAAGAGAAGCUCAAGAUACACCAGGUAGUUGGGAAAGUGUCAACGCACCGAGUUCCGACGCGCAGUUGUCAGAGAGCAGUGCCAGUGACCUGUCCAUUUCCCUUACACAAUCUGAGCUGGAAGAGGAUUUACUGGAGGAUGUGGAAUCUGAGAGGAAUGCCACUUCCGGAGGGAACGGUGAUCACAGUCGACACAGUCCAGAAUCAUCCCUGCACUCUGAUGGGUCCAAAAACACAUCUCCAGCAGCAACCGUGGAAAGCCUCUCCCACAAAGGACUCUUUCAUCUGCUAGACGGCAUCGAAGGACGACUCCACGGUGAAUGGACACGUGUGUAUGGGGAUUCUUCAAUUGAUGGAGGACAACUCAAUAGACUCAUCGGCCUUUGUAACCGCGGAGCGGGCUUGAAUGGCGAGGACCUUGGAGCAUGUGGGGCGCUCGUCCUUCACGAGCUUCGGAGGUUGUCAUGGAGCACAGCGAAAGGCUGCCUCCUACCACAGGAUCUAGUGAGGUCUCACCAGUCCAACCCUGAUCCUGAGGGAAUAAGCGCCAGCCUCCCUCCUGAUGCUGCUCGGCUGUGGGAUCGCUGGUUCAAGCACGCCCUUCUGCUCAAGGAGUGCCGUGUCCUCAACACUGAACGCUUGGUCCAGCUGUUCACGCCGCUGCUGCUGGAGUGCCAUGCCUCCUACAGCCACCAGGCCAAAGUGCUGCUGAGGACACUUCUGUCCCGGUCCAGUGAGGAGUGCCCCUCAGCAGAGGACGAGAGUGACUUGUCUUCUUCACGUGAUUCUCCCCCUCUCCCAGCUGACAGCGAUGUGAAGCCGGCAAGGCCAGUACAACAGCGACAGAUUCAAGAACUACAAAGUGCUGAAGAGGACAGCCAGGACGAAAGCCCUGUGGAAAGUGUUCCUAUUAGAGAGACAAAAGCAUAUCAGUUACUUAAACAAUCAGCCAUGCAGCAAAGGCUGCAGAGCUCUGAAGAGGAGGAGGAGGAGGAGGAAGAGGAGGAGGAGGAGGAUGGCCUCUCAGGAAUAAAUCACGGGCAUGAAGAGGACCUUGGGAGGGCCAAACGCUCCUCACAUCAAGACCCUUACCCCCGGACAGACAAGACCAACUCAAAGGCUCAUUCUGCCGUACAGUCAAAAGGGAUCUGGGGCGAAUCGGACGACAGCAACUCGGAGAUUGAAGCAGCCUUACGUCCUCAACCUUUCAACACAAACAACGGUGACAUUGACGACUUCUACGACUGAUAUUCGCCGGAGAUAUUUUUUUAAAUGCACUACAAAAUUCCAGGCAGUUUGGCUCACAGUAAUUCACCCCCUGACCAUCAUUUUAGCGGUCCGCAUUGUAAAUCAUAUGCACACUGUAUCGUAAAAACAAAUAAUAAAGUUGACGGCUCUCACGGUGGGUAAAGUAUGUGAAGAGAUUUCCAACACUCUGAUGUUAA